AUGGCGGAAGAGUCUCCCCAGUUUCAGGCCGCUCUGCGGAGUCUGGACCGGGAAUUGGAGGAGGGCGAUAUUACCGAGAAAGGAUACCAGAAGCGCCGUACGGUCUUACUCUCUCAAUACUUCGGCCCCAACAAGCCCCUUGAGAUCAAUCCUCAAGCCACCCCCGGCUAUGAAGCAUCAUCGACCAGCCCCGGAGUGGCCCCGCCGGCGAUUUUGAACGUUCGCCCACCAACUGCUGAAUCUUCGAUGCCACAUAUCGCUUCCCCCACUUAUGCCGACGGUUACAAUGGCCCACGGGGUAGCGGGGGCGCCGGAUAUAGCCAAGGUGCUGGCAUCAAUACACAGGAUCAGCCACAGGCAUCACUAGGGUCUCAUGAUAGAGAUGGAAUGCUCCAAACCCAUGAACGAGUGCCGUCAGCGAGCUCCUACGACUCCUUAUUCCUUCCUCGGCCCCCAGUCCCAGGGCCACAGGGCUUAGAUGGUUCUAGAACGGCAACUUUGAUGAGUCAAAACUACGCAUUCAACCCAAACUCCCAACCUGAGUAUGCCUCCACGCCCGAGUACACACAAGCCGAGUAUGCGCAGGCCGAGUAUGCUCCAGUCGAAUAUGCUCAACCUGAAUAUGCUCAACCUGAAUAUGCAGACGACGGCAUGGGAUACUACGAUCCUGCUUCUGGAGCACCGACGCGACAGUCCACAAUGCUUGAUUCUCAACAGGGCUACUUCUCCGACUUUGCGGGUCAACAGCAUGAUGAUUACAGAGAUAGCUAUGGAGGUGGCUUCCAUCGCUAUUCUCAGUCCGGAGAAGCUUUCUCGCCAACAGCAAACAUAGCCCCCCCAUUGAUGCAGAAUGCGGAAUUUCAGCAUGGGCCAGCCAUUGAGCAUCUACUGCCCCUCGAGCCUCGAGAGAUUCCCUUCGCAUUGAAUGACCCUCAUGACAAGAAUAUUCCGAUGUCGAACUUCGACAACCUACCAACGGUCCUGCGCCACCGUGCUCGUGCUCAUCCUAAGCAGGCAGCAUAUUGGGUACUGGAUGCAAAAGGCAAAGAAGUUGCAUCGAUUACCUGGGAAAAGCUGUCCAGCCGUGCGGAGAAAGUUGCUCAAGUUAUUCGCGAUAAAAGUAAUCUUUACCGCGGAGACCGUGUUGCUCUCAUCUACCGUGAGGCUGAGAUUAUUGAGUUCGCCGUCGCACUUCUGGGCUGCUUUAUCGCAGGAGUCGUUGCAGUGCCUAUCAAUAGUUUGGAUGAUUACACAAGCCUAAAUCUUGUGCUGACCUCGACCCAGGCACAUCUGGCUUUGACGACUGAAAACAACCUGAAGAACUUCCAACGCGAUAUUACAACGCAGAAGCUCAGUUGGCCACGGGGAGUCGAAUGGUGGAAGACGAAUGAGUUCGGUAGUUUCCAUCCAAAGAAGAAGGACGACACGCCUCCGCUGCAGGUUCCUGAUUUAGCUUAUAUUGAAUUUGCACGGGCUCCGACCGGGGAUCUGCGCGGUGUUGUGAUGAGCCACCGGACUAUUAUGCACCAGAUGGCAUGUCUUAGCGCGAUCAUCUCCACUGUUCCCACGGAUUCGAACGCUAAGCAAUACGGGACCAAAGGAGAAACCAUUAUCAGCUACCUAGACCCAAGACAAGGAAUUGGCAUGAUCAUGGCCAUUCUAUUCACCGUUUAUGGUGGGCACACAACAGUUUGGCAUGAGGAUCGAGCGGUAGAGACACCCGGUCUCUAUGCCCAUCUUAUCACUAAGUACAAGGCAUCAGUCAUGGCAACCGAUUACUCCGGCUUGAAGAUCGCCACCUAUAACUACCAGCAAGAUCCAAUGUCAACGAGACAUUUUAAAAAGAAUUCGGAGCCCAAUUUUAGCAGCGUUAAGAUUUGUUUGAUCGAUACGCUUACUCUCGACCCUGAGUUCCAUGAAAUCCUGGCAGAUAGAUGGCUACGUCCAAUGAGAAACCCACGGGCUAGGGAAAUCGUGGCCCCGAUGCUUUGCUUACCAGAACAUGGAGGCAUGGUCAUCAGUAUGCGCGAUUGGCUCGGUGGUGAGGAGCGAAUGGGAUGUGCUCUGACCCAUGAGAUGGAUCCAGCCAUCCGUGACGAGUCUAAGAAGGAAGACGAGAGCCUCACCAAAUCUGAGACCAAAACUGGGUUCGGCAGCAGUCUGCUAGGUGGCGGAUCACGAGUCUCUACUAUCAAGCAGAGUCCCAAGAAUGAAUUGAGCGAAGUACUUUUGGACAAAGAGGCCCUGAAGACCAAUGAAGUGGUUGUGCUGGCCAUGGGCGAGGACGCACGAAAAUACGCCAGCAGUAUGCCGCAUGCUGUACGCGUUGGCGCUUUUGGAUACCCUAUUCCUGACGCAACGCUCGCCGUUGUUGACCCUGAGACUAAUCUUCUCUGUACGCCAAAUGUUGUUGGAGAAAUUUGGGUCGAUUCGCCUUCUCUUUCUGGUGGAUUCUGGGCCUUGCCGAAACAUACAGAGGCUAUAUUCCACGCUCGCCCCUAUAAAUUUGAAGACGCCAAUCCAACCCCGAUACUCGUGGAACCCGAGUUCUUGCGCACUGGUCUACUCGGAUGCGUGAUUGAGGGCAGGCUAUUUGUGCUAGGUCUCUACGAAGACCGCCUCCGCCAAAAGGUGGAGUGGGUUGAGCACGGUCAAGAGAUUGUCGAACACCGCUACUUCUUCGUUCAGCAUUUGACUGUAAGCAUCCUGAAGAAGGUGCCGAAAAUUCAUGAUUGUACUGCGUUUGAUGUGUUUGUCAAUGAGGAACAUCUCCCGGUUAUCGUUUUGGAGUCUUACUCGGCCUCAACAGCGCCAACAACCUCUGGUGGCCCGCCAAGGCAGCUCGACUCGGUUCUUCUUGAUUCGCUCGCUGAGAGGUGUAUGGAGGUUCUUUAUCAAGAGCAUCAUCUACGAGUAUAUUGUGUUCUCCUCACAGCCCCGAACACUUUGCCGCGCGUUACCAAGAAUGGCAGACAAGAGAUUGGCAACAUGCUCUGUCGCAAGGAUUUCGAGUCUGGUAUGCUGCAGGCUGUGCAUGUCAAGUUUGGAGUUGAACGGUCAAUAAUGAAUUUGCCCGUCGGUGUUGAUCCUGAGGGUGGUAUUUGGUCCCCCACCGCUCUAGCUUCGAGACAAGACAUGCUUGCCUACCAAGAAAAGCAGUACUCGGGCGUGGAUUAUCGUGAUGUUGUGAUGGAUGAUCGAACUUCCACGCCAUUGAACAAUUUCAACACAAUUGUCGAUCUUCUUCAAUGGCGAGUCUCCCGUCAAGCUGAAGAAUUGGCUUACUGCUCCAUAGACGGCCGCGGAAAGGAAGGAAAGGGCGUCACCUGGAAGAAAUUCGACCUGAAAGUUUCUGCAGUCGCAACCUACCUGAAGAACAAGGUGAAGGUGCGACCGGGAGAUCAUCUCGUGCUCAUGUACACCCACUCAGAGGAUUACAUCUAUGCCGUACAUGCUUGUUUGUGCUUGGGUGCUGUUGUCAUUCCAAUGGCUCCUAUCGAUCAAAACCGUCUUUCGGAGGAUGCGCCUGCGUUCUUGCAUAUAAUUAGCGACUUCAACGUCAAAGCCAUCAUCGUCAAUACCGAAGUUGACCAUGUUAUGAGACAGAAGCUUGUGUCCCAACACAUCAAGCAGUCCGCCCAAGUGCUUCGCAUUGGUGUUCCCGCUAUCUACAAUACCACAAAGCCUUCUAGGCAGUCCCACGGAUGCCGUGAGCUCGGCUACACUGUGAAGGAUGCUUGGCUACAGGGCAACCAGCCCGCUCUGGUAUGGACUUACUGGACCCCGGAUCAACGAAGAAUCUCGGUCAGUAUCUCCCAUGAAACCAUCAUGGGCAUGUGCAAGGUUCAGAAAGAAACAUGUCAAAUGACAAGUUCGAGACCAGUGCUUGGAAGUGUACGAAGUACUUUAGGUCUUGGGUUCCUACACACCUGCUUUAUGGGUAUUUUCGUCGGUGCCCCUACAUAUCUUGUUUCGCCAGUCGACUUCGCUCAGAACCCAAUGACCCUCUUCGUAACUCUCGCUCGAUAUAAGAUCAAGGACACGUAUGCCACCUAUCAAAUGUUAGAUCAUGCAAUGAGUGCUAUGGCUGGAAAGGGGUUCCAGCUCCAAGAACUGAAGAACCUCAUGAUUUCCGCAGACGGUCGACCGAGAGUGGAUAUCUAUGGGAAGGUACGCCUGCAUUUUGCCAACGCCAGCUUGGACCGUACUUCGAUCAACAUAGUCUACUCUCAUGUUCUCAACCCCAUGAUUACCACCCGAUCAUACAUGUGCAUUGAACCAAUCGAGCUCUACCUCGAUCUACGAAGCCUUCGUCAAGGCCUUGUCUACCCGGUGGAUCCUGAUGCCGACCCUACCGCGCUUUUGCUACAAGAUUCGGGUAUGGUACCAGUCAACACACAGAUUGCGAUCGUGAACCCAGAGACUUGCACUCUCGCGCAUGUAGGAGAGUACGGUGAGAUCUGGGUUCAGUCCGACGCUUGCGCGCAAGGAUUCUACAAAUCAAAACAAGAUUUUGACGCCGAGCGGUUGAACGGCAGAGUUGCAGAUGGAGAUCCUAGUGUGCCUUAUGUCCGUACUGGUGAUCUUGGUUUCCUUCAUACGGUUACUCGCCCAAUCGGUCCUGGCGGCCAGCCGGUCGAGAUGCAAGUACUGUUCCUCCUUGGCAGCAUUGGUGAGACUUUCGAAGUCAACGGACUCAACCACUUCCCUAUGGACAUCGAAAACUCUGUAGAGAGAUGCCAUCGCAACAUUGUGAAUGGAGGAUGUGCUAUUUUCCAAGCCGGUGGUUUGGUUGUCACCGUUGUCGAGGUUACCCGAAAGGCGUACCUGGCUGCCCUUGUUCCCGUCAUUGUUGAUGCUAUUCUCAUGGAGCACCAGGUUGUUACGGAUAUUGUCGCAUUUGUUUCUUACGGCGACUUCCCUCGCUCCCGUCUCGGUGAGAAACAGCGUGGAAAGGUACUCGCUUCAUGGGUAACCCGCAAGCUGCGAACUAUUGCCCAGUUCAGCAUUCGCGAUCUGGAAGGUGACAACCCAUUCGCGGAAAUGCCGCAGCAUCGUAUGAGCCGAGCUUCCAAACCUGGUAGCACCAUGGGUACCAGCUUCAGACAAUCGACAAUGAAUCCCGAAAUUGACACAGGCGUGCCUCGCUCCCCAGCUGGAGUGACACUGGAAGAGACCAUUCAGCCCCCGACUGCUUAUAAUACCGACGGGGCUGCGUCGACGCCGCAUGAAAUCGAGACAGCCACGGACAAUAGCGUGGUUGCCACUCCUGUUCCGGAGCCUAGUCCCGCUGUGCCUCACAUCAAAGAGCCACAGUCUGCCACGAUUGUAACCGAGUUUGACGAUCGUCACUACAAUACUUUGGAGUCAGCCGAGGGAACUUCUAACGCCGACCGUGAUUUCCGCUUCAGCUUUGAUAUGGGCACGCCUAACCAACCUCAAUCGUAUGGAUAUCCUCCGGGCGAUGAACGGCGAGAGUCGCUUCCCAGCCAGCAGGGAUGGAACCCAAGUAGCGGCCCAGUUAUUGGCACCGCUCAUGCAGAGCCACCACGUCCACGCACACAGGACAGCGGGGUGAUCGAUGACUGGCCCCAAGAAGCUCUCAUGUAUCAGUCGGCACUAGGUGCAGAGAACGGCCAGGAGUUCCACCGCACGGACAGUAACCACGCUGCAGGGCAAAAUCGUUACGAUGGCCGCGGUUACGAACGUUGA